AUGACGUUAUGGGGAAAGCCAAUUAAAACAGAAAGCCUGCGAAAAUUUAAUAAACUUUACAAAGAAUAUAAAACUCUAUACCCAGUAAAUAAAUCUCUAGAAUCAUCAAGAAAUGAAAAGAAAGUAUCUGAAUAUAAAGAAGAUGAAGACUUAAUAGACUUUAAGAAACUGUAUGAAUGCUCCUCGACUUCAUCUGGAUCUUGUCAACAAGGCUUAGUUAUUGACGAGUUGGAGUAG